GGAGAACUGGUUGUAACUGAGCCUGGGGGGAUUAGGAGCUGAGUGGGCGGGGACUCUGCACUCAGCACUCAGCGCCAGGCCCGGGGCCCAGAUCCUUCGAUCACGCCAACCUCAGCCAUGGGAUCCAGCAGCAGGGGCGCCGUGCUCGCUCCCGUCCUGCUGGGUCUCCUCCUACGAGCCCGCGUCUGCACUGCGCCCGGCACCGCGAAGCCCAACAUCCUCCUCAUCAUGGCUGACGACCUGGGCGUCGGGGACCUGGGUUGCUAUGGCAACGAAACACUGAGGACGCCCAGUAUCGACCGGCUGGCGGCGGACGGCGUGAGGCUCACGCAGCACCUGGCGGCCGCCCCGCUCUGCACCCCCAGCCGCGCCGCCUUCCUCACCGGCCGCCACGCCUUCCGCUCAGGUGCGACCCGGGGACCCCCGGACACGUGCACGCUGCGUAACGGCUCCGUCCCGGCACCCAACACGACGGUGCACGUGACGGCCACGUCACUGAUACUACAGGACACAUGGAUGAGUGAUGCGACGCCCAGUAUCGACCGGCUGGCGGCGGACGGCGUGAGGCUCACGCAGCACCUGGCGGCCGCCCCGCUCUGCACCCCCAGCCGCGCCGCCUUCCUCACCGGCCGCCACGCCUUCCGCUCAGGCAUGGACGCCAGCAGCGGGUACCGAGCCCUGCAGUGGGUGGCCAGCUCGGGCGGACUCCCCGGAAAUGAGACCACCUUCGCCCGGAUCCUGAGGGAGCGUGGCUACGCCACCGGACUCGUAG